AUGCAACACACAAACAUCGGCCCAUUCGUAGACCUGACCCACACUUUGGACGAUCGUGUCCCCGUCUAUCCCGGCGACCCCGCUUUCAGGCUGGAAGCCCUGACUAUCGACGGAAUCAGCGUUCAUGCACUCUCAUGUUCAUCUCACGCCGGAACUCACAUCGACGCGCCCUCCCACUUCUUCCCUCACCUCCAGACCAUCGACUCCCUCUCACUAGGCACCUUCGUCCGCCCGGCUUUUGUUAUUGACUUAUCUCAUAAAAAAGCCCGAGAGAGUAUCAACUGGGCGGAUGACCUCGCUCCAUUCGAAAGUAAAAUGGAGAAAGGAAUCGCCCUCCUUAUCCGUACCGGAUGGGAUCAACAUUGGGGCUCGAAUAAGUACUUCGAUCAUCCUUGGAUCGAGAAAGAUGCCGCUCAGGAGCUGCUGAAGCGAGGCGUGAAGAUCCUGGGGACCGAUACUAUGAGUCCGGAUCAGUCGCCGUAG